UUACAGCAACCAGCUUUUAUUGAACAGAGUAGGCAAAUGCAGAGGGAAACAGAAGCCCCGUCAUCCUUGUGACAGUUAUACGUCUGUCUCUGUGUAAUCCACCCUCUCAGUCUGACAAACAAGAUCCUGUGUAUGGGGUUGGUAAGGAAAGUGUCCAUCUCCAUCUGUGAUCUGAGUAUUUUCCUGCACACACCUCGGCUAGCCUGUAAAGCAGGUCUCCUGCUCGCUGCUAUGUCCACACCACUGGAGGAUGCAAUGGACACCUUGAUCAGGAUUUUCCAUCACUACUCUGGCAAAGAAGGAGACAGAUACAAGCUCAGUAAAGGAGAGCUCAAGGACCUCCUCACCAGUGAGCUCACUGACUUUCUUUCGGGCCAAAAAGAUCCUCUUCUGGUUGAUAAGAUUAUGAAAGAUCUGGACUCCAACCAAGACAAUGAAGUGGAUUUUCAUGAAUUUGUCAUUCUGGUUGCAGCUUUGACUGUGGCAUGUAACGAUUUCUUUGAAGAACAGCAAAAGGAAGAAGGAUAUUAAAAAUGCUUGAUAAAAUCAGCCUCCUGACCACAAAUUAGAGCUAAGCAUGUCUGAAUAGGUAGCACUCACCAGCGUUUAGUGAAUGCAAACCAUCACCUGUCCAUCUGUUACUACUGUAAGUCACUUAUAGACCAGAUAGACCAGAUCAGCAGCUGGUGUAGGCUGGACCAGAGCCAGUUUAUGCCACUUAAGAUCUGGAUUUUAAUAUUUUCAGUCUUUGUGCUGCAUGCAUCUGUAAUGCAUAUUCUGCAAUUGCUCAUUUCAAGGGCUUGGGGUGACAGAUCAUCUGGCAUGAGUUGAAACUUCUAUUUCUUAAAUAUCGGUGUGAAGUAAGAGGCACAUGAAUGUUACUUUUAUACUUUCUGAAUUGGAAAAUUUGGAAUGAGACAUAAAACUUGCAAUUUAGUUCUUGGUCAUUCUAUAACCAACAUAUUUUUGCAGCUCAAAAAGAGCAGCUUGUGUUUCUGUUCAGAUCUGCUUAUUCUAAAGCUCUUUUUAGAUGCUGCUCUGUAUCUCCCCACACUCUCGCAUUUCAGAUGUGAUCACAGCUGUCUCCUGCUGCCUGAGCAAACAGUACCACUUGCCAUUGUUACGGGUUCAUUUCCACCCCUGCCCCAGCUUCAAUUUUACUGUGUUAACAUUACUGCAUCCCAGUAGUCCACCUCUUCAUUUGGCAUACAUUAAUUAAUUCAUAUGAUAAAUUUUUCAAAUACAUAAAGGAUUAGUCAGCAAACUGCUUUAAGGACUGAUGUAAGGUCUGGAUCUUCAAGAGAAAUAAAAAUGCCCUUCUGCUUUCACUGUUUUGGCACCCUUAAGAGGAGGUCUUUUAGAGGACCAUUUCUGGGGGAUUUAAUGACUAGAGGGAGCCAAGGGUACAGCUUUGUAACAUGAGUCAUCUCAUGGAACAAUGGUUUCAUCUCAUGCUGAUCCAACCCACUGCAUGGGAGAGGCACAAAAGGGGAAGUGGGACCCCAUGGACAGGCAUGGAGAAAGUAGAACAAUCCCUUUCAGUGUUAACCUGUCCUUGGGCUGGAUUAAGAGUACUUCUACACUUCUGUUUUAACUAAGCAACCAAACCCCUGCAAAUCUUUAGCGGCAGGAUGUUGUGGCUUUUUCCUUGCAUGGAGGGCUCUCUUUGUUCCUUGUUAUUUCAUUGGUAACUUCAAAUGAGAAUAAAACAUUUCUGAAUUAAAUGAAGAUUUUCUGUUUGUGUAAGAGGUUAAAGA